AUGAUUUUCGCAGCAAUGCCGUUCAACAAUCCAUCUUUGCAACAAGACGAUCAACUUAAGAAGAAGACAAUGAAGCGAUUAACCUGCCGCAAAUGCGAAGGACAUGGCUUCAUUUCGGUCCUGAAAGGACAUGCGGCUAUAUGUCCAUUCAACGAAUGCAGCUGUGAACCGAAAGGCACCACAAUUACGUAUACGGACGAGUCGUCAGCCAGGGCAUACGUUGUCUCGUCUUCCGCAACGCUAUCCUCAUCAGCUUCUGGGUCGUCUUCACCAUCCUUGCCCAACUCUCCACCUCUUCUACCCACGAAUGUCACUACCCCCCUGCUUCCACCGCUCAAUCAGGACAUUCUGUUGGAAUACCUUCAACAAAUAAUACAAGCCAGACUCUAUUCCGAGCUUCUCAAACAACAAUCAGCUCCAUUCGACCUAGGAAAAUCGAUUGAACCAAUCUCUCCACUUUCUCCACUUCUGGCAAACACUCUGUUUUCCACGAUGCAACAACCACUUCAAUGUUUCUUCCCAGUCGUUUAG